AUGUGGGUUCGUUUUGGCAACACACCAGCCGACCCCACAGCUGCAAACACACCCACGCAAUCAAGGCUCUCCUUUGGGCAUUUAUCAUCGGCCCGAAAGCGUUGUAGCAUGAGUGGGACGUGGUGCACGAUCGAGAGUGACCCUGGCGUAUUCACGGAGUUGAUUGAAAGCAUCGGGGUCCAUGGAGUACAGAAAGUUCUGGACCGCGAGGUGUCAAGAGACGGCGACGCCGGAUAUUGCUUGGCCAAGAGGGUCCGCCAUCAGGUCUACUACGGGGCCUCCGCGGAUCUCCUUUGCAAAGGCAUGGGCAACCAGUGUACCGCGGGUGCCUGCAUGAGAGCUGCCGCACAGGUCUACGCCGGAGACGGAACUGACGGGGUCCCGGCGGAGACUGUGCGCGCCAUGUGCAAGUCCUAGGCCGUGAAACAAGUUGUUAGCAUUGGGGACACGACUUGUUCUCAACUGCUGCUGUCUGUAACACAAACCGUGCGAAAGGCCACCUUCGACACGGGUGUUGUUCAACGUAGAACCCGAUUGGACGGGCCAUUCAGCUCCAGGUUUCUCUGGUUUCAUUUGACUUGCUUUUUAAUGUAAAGCGUGUCUUGGCAGUAGGGGUGGAAAUGGAAGAUGGGGUCAUUAAGGGCUGUUCUGUAGCGACCACGGUGAGCGUCCCCGGGAAUUUCAGAGGCGAUAAUACCUUGCACUUGUACCAGGACCGUGGUCUAGAUGGACUGUCUAGAGAGUUGUACCCGUUUUUAUGGUUCGGCUUGUGAUCACGGAAGGCGUCCGCGCCGGGACCACUACAGAUGUUAGAGUAGAAGGUGUUGGGCGGAGACCGGCCUGGAUUUUGUUGUGAAGAAAAUAAUAUUGCGAUAC